AUGCUUCUUCCUUUCAUGCUAAUACUUGGCAGCCUUGUCACCAUCGCGUCAUCACAGCGCGGUGGUGGCAGUGGGGGGCUUGGUCAUGGCUCUCAAGGCUUUGGUCACGGAUCUGGUCAAGGCUUUGGUCAAGGGUCUGGUCAUGGCUCUGGCCACGGCUCUCAGGGAAACCCUCAUGGUCCUCCUCAUGGUCCUCCUCAAGGCCCCCCACGCGUCCCUAUUGAUCCAUGUUCUUCCGUCGGCAUUCGCUCUUGGCGUAUUCCCGCAACCAACUCACACAAUUACGACCACAAAGACGACAAAUGGCCAUGCCAGCACCGUGAAAAGAUCUUAUACGCGGACCAUCACUUUGACAACAAGCACCACUCGAACGUAACAUACCUCAAACCUACAUUACUUGACUUUUCGCUUACUAUUGUGAUAAUACAGAAGAACAGCACCUACCGUGACUUCCACGACUACUACAACUACUACGUCGGUCUUUACCGAAGCGGUGAUCACCGUGACGGCAACUACAACUUCAACUUCGACGACUACUGCUUUUACUACAGUGUCUAA